CGAUAAACAUGACCGUAGAAUAGCAGUUAAAAAAUUCAUCAUGAAUGCUCCAUCAACUUUUGAGUCAUUUCUUCUGUUUGAAGGAGAAAAAAAAAUCUACAUAGAGAAAGACACUAAAGUCCCCAAUGCAGCCAUCUUCACCGUCAACAAAGAAGACCACACUCUUGGAAAUUUAAUCACCACUCAGCUGUUAAAAGACCCCCAAGUGUUGUUUGCUGGCUACAAGAUCCCUCACCCCUUGGAGCACAAGUUUGUCCUGAGGAUCCAGACCACACCUGACUACACCCCACAGGAAGCCAUCACAAAUGCCAUCACUGAUCUCAUCUCUGAAAUUUCACUCUUGGAAGAAAGAUUCAAGGAUGCUGUCAGAGACAAGCAAGAAGGAUCCCCUGUCUAGACAAUUCCAUAUUUUUAAACCACCGUUAUCACUCAUUCAUUCACCAUUGCUGUUCCUGUACAUAACACAUUUCAUAUCGUAAUUCAUGACAUUUUUUUUUUCUUCAGUUAUCAUGAAAACCUGUUGGGUAUAAAAUGUUUUGAGAAUAAAUGUUUUUAGUUAUGGUCA